UGGGCAGACGAUCAACCGGACAAUUAUGGGAAUAAGGAAUGCUGCGCGAGCAUGCGUUACUAUGGAGAAUGGGCUGAUGUGCCCUGUAACAUGCUCUAUCCAUUCAUCUGCUCUGAUGUCAAAGGACAGAAUGUCACAUUUGCCUACGUAAACCAAACGAUGACAUUUCCUGAUGCUCAGAGGUAUUGUAGAGAACAAUACACAGACCUGGCCAGUGUGAGAGACAUGGCAGAGAACCAGAAGAUAUAUGAACUGAUACCUGCUGGACAAAUAGCCUGGAUCGGUCUUUUCAGAGACUGCUGGAAGUGGGUGGAUGGAAGCAAUGCUUCAUUUACCUACUGGAAUACUGGAAAGCCUGAUAGCCCAGAUAACUAUUGUGCAGCAGCAUACUUUGCAGUUUCUGGAAAAUGGGAGGACUGGACCUGUGACUGGAAGAGAGCCUUUAUCUGCUACAGUGCUCCUGUUUUAAAGCAGGUGAUGAGAGUGAAGCUGGAGAGAAAGUCCUCUCUGGAUCUAAAUGAUGUUGCUAUGCAAGAAGAAUUGCUGAAUAAGAUUAAACUGAAGCUGGAGGAUCAGGGAGUGAAGAAAGACGUGAAACUGAGCUGGUGGGAGCACACAGAUGGAAAGAUCUUCCACAAGGAUGAGGAGGAGGAUGAGCAGUAAACAAAGGAUUUGCUCCAUGAAAGAAUUCCAUCUCCUUAUUUGAUGUGUGUGAUCAUUUUAAGUUGAAAAAAUCUUUCAAAGUCUCUCAUUUUAAGAUUUAUUGUGGUUGUUGAGGGUAAAUAGCAGUAAUUAAACUAAAUCUUUAAAAUAAAAAAUGAAAAUGUGUGUUAGAUGUCAUUACAGUGCAACUAACUCUCUAGGAGAAGGCUGGGUUGGAUGGAUGGAUCCAGAACAAUCUGGCUCUACUGUUGAUUUCCAGACAUCAAACACAAACUAUUCUUCAUAUAAACAAAGAUUCCAGGAGCUCUCUGCUGACAACCACGUUUCCUGUUGUAGCUAUAAGAAAGGUCGUCUAACAUGCUGCAACAUGAGACAACACAUGCAAAUAGAAACAAAGAAGCAAAAAAAGAAAGUAUCUUGAUUACUUUGACAGCACCUUUGCUGUAAAUGGACCCAGUACAUGCAAAUGGAUGAGCAUGCUGGGAGUUGUUACAGUAAUGCAAAUAGUCACAGAAAACGUGCAACUGAUUCAUGUUAAUGAGGAUUAAUGUGAAGCAUCUGCAUCAUUUUAUUCUGUGUUAACUUCAAUACCUGUAUUAAUUUGUUCUAAGUACUUUAAUAUCUUGUCAUCUUGUCAUUUAUAAAGCAUGUGAAGUAAUCAUAAUCUAAAUGUGCAUUAGCUGCA